AUGGGCAAGAACCACGAAGUCGAAUAUACCAGCCGCGCCUCGCACGACGGCGGUGAUGGCACAUCUCUUGGCCGCCGGACCUCCGCACUGGAAGAGGUUCCCACCCUCGUCCCCCCUCCCGGGUUCCCAGGCCUGCCCAUCCGGCGACGGAGCACGGCGUCCCGGCAGAGUGUAUCAUUCUCGGAAGACGCAAGGAGGCAGUCGCACGCGGUAGAGGACGACAAUGACGACGCAGAGGCCCUCGAGGCCCUCACCCAGAGCGCAUCCGCCAUCAGCAGACAGGUCUCUCGCACCAGGCGGGAGUCGGCAGACAACGUAUUCGAGCUGCCCAUGAUCCAGCGGCCCCGAGCCGCCAAGCCGGGGCUGCCGAGCACCAUCCGCGAGGUCCCGUCCAACCUGCCCACGCCGUCGUCGACCCGCCCUCCGUCCCCGAUCACACCGUCCGGGGGACGCCUCGCCGGGUCGACAGACUACUUUGGCGGUCACGGCGGCACAGACACGGCCCCAUCGUCACCCCAGGGCGGCGCAGCGUACGAGACGGGCGCCGGGCAGCAGGCCUACCCAGACAUCGGCGUCAUCCGGUCCUGGCGCGGCGCCAUGGUCCUGGGCUGCACCUGUGGCGCCCAGCUGAUGGACAACGUCUUCAUGACGGGCGUCAACAUCGCCCUGCCCGCCAUCCAGAGGGACUUUGGCGUCGGCGGCGCCGACCUGCAGUGGCUCAUCUCGGCGUACACGCUGACCUUUGGCGGGUUCCUCCUCCUCGCGGGCGUCCUGUCGGACCGGUACGGGCGCAAGAUGAUCUUCUGCUCGGGCAUGGCCGCCCUCAGCGCGUGGACCCUCGCCGACGGCCUCGCGCCCAGCUUUAUCUCGCUGGCCAUAUUCAGGGCCCUGCAGGGGAUAGGAGCGGCCAUGACGGUCCCGAGCGCGGUCGGCAUCAUCUCCAACUACUUCGUCAGCGGCGACCGCACCCUGGCCCUGACCAUAUUCGGUGCCUCGGGCGCCGUGGGCUUCUGCCUGGGGCUCGUCUUCGGCGGGUUCCUGACCUCGUCGCUGGGCUGGCGGUAUAUCUUCUACCUGGCCGUGGUCUUCACGGGCGCCAUCGGCCUCCUGGGGGCCUUUGUCCUGCCGCGCGACAGGAUGGAAGGGCAGGCCCGUCCGAAGCUCGACUUUGCUGGCGCGGGCUUGUCGACGGCGGGGCUGAUCCUGCUGAGCUUCGUCCUGUCCAGCGGCGGCGAGUACGGCUGGGGCAAGGCCUUCAUCAUCGUGCUGCUCGUGCUCAGCGUCGCCAUGAUCGCCGCCUUCACCUACGUCGAGAAGAAGGUCCCCAACCCCAUCAUGCCGCUGUCCCUCUGGAGGCUCGAGAACUUCGCCGCCCUCUGGGUGGGCGGUUUCGUCAUGUAUGGCGGGUACCAGACCACCAUCUACUUCGUCACCCUCAUAGCCCAAGAGAUAAAUCAGCUCAGCGCGGGCCAGACGGCCCUCCGGUUCCUGCCCAUGGGCUGCACGGGCUUCGUCUUCAGCCUGGGCAUGUCGCGCGCCCUCGAGGUUUGCAACACCAAGUGGCUGCUUGUCGUGGGCAUGGUCGUCUGUGCCAUCUCGCCUGUCCCGGGCGCCCUCAUGUCCGAUGGGGAUGUCAGCUUCUGGAAGCACGUCUUCCCAACCUCCAUCCUCAGUGUUGCCGGCGUCACCAUUGUUUAUUGCACAAUUACUGUCGUUCUUCUGGCCUCGGUACCAGUGAAUGUGCAGAGCAUGUGUGGAGGGAUGAUCAACACUGCAUUCCAGAUCGGGAGCGGUGUCGGACUUGCGCUGGCCAGUGCCGUUGUCCAGGCCGUCGAUACAGCCAAGGGUCAUUCAGCGUUGUUGCAGUACAAGACGGGUCUGUGGUGCUGCGUCGGCCUCGCUGGUAUUGGAUUGGUAGCGAGUGUGUUUGGUGUGAAGGAUAGCGGGAGGUCUGUUGGGGGUCAUGCCAUGAUGCACUAA